AUGGAUGCAUCAAAUGUUGGCAUAAGGGCAGCUCUAAGUCAAGAGGGGCAACCAGUGGCCUUCUUUAGUGAGAAAUUGAAUGAGGCACGUAAGAAGUAUUCGAUUUAUGAGUUUUAUGCAAUGGUGCAAACCUUGCGCUACUGGAGAUGCUAUCUGAUUCAUAGGGAGUUUGUUCUAUACUCAGAUCAUGAUGCACUCCGGUAUUUGAGUUCUCAGAAGAAGUUGAAUGCGCGACAUGCUAAGUGGAUGACCUUCCUUCAAGAAUACACAUUCCUAUUAAAGCGUAAGGCUGCAACCCAAAAUAAAGUAGCUGAUACUUUAAGUAGAAGGAUAGUGUUGCUUAGAACUAUGUCUAUGAAAGUAUUAGGGUUUGAAGUGAUAAACUGUCAAUAUAAAGUUGGUCCAAUUUUCAGCAAUGUCCUUGAAAUGUGUGUUGAUGGACGAGACCCUAUGGGUGAGUAUCUCAUGCAUCAUAGUUGUUUAUUUAAAGGUAUGCGGUUAUGUAUACCUGAUUGCUCCCUAAGGGAGAAAAUAAUCAUGGAGCUUCACGUUGGGGGCGUAGGUGAGUAUUUUGGGAAGGACAAAACUAUGGCUAUGGUUGGAGAAAAAUAUUUUUGGCCAUAUAUGCGGAGAGAUGCUGAUCGAUUUGUGCCCGAUGUCGAACUUGCAAAGAGAACUAUGGAUGCUACACAUAUCGCAAAUAUCUUUUUCAAAGAUAUUGUAAGGUUACAUGGUGUUCCCAAGUCUAUUACAUCUGAUUGGGAUACAAAAUUCUUAAGUCAUUUUUGGCACACUUUGUGGAAGCGCAUGGGAACUAAACUUCAAUUUUCUAGUACCUAUCAUUCUCAAGCAGAUAGGCGGAUUGAAAUAGUGAAUAGGAGCCUUGGUAAUCUUUUGAGGAGUAUUGUUAGUGAUAACAUAUCUCAGUGGGACCUCGCUUUGCCCUAG